AUUUUGAGCACCAUUUUUAUUCACAAACGAGGCCGCCGCCGCGUGGAGGAAGGAGGAUACAGAGAAUUUUCAAUUUUGAGAGCUACCUUUCCUCUCCCUGGUUUUUUUUUUCCAAGAUAUUUUUGUUAGAAGAAGGAAUGCGGGUAAAAUUCCAACACCAGUCACCACCACCACCAACUCCAACCCCAAAAUUUCGCACCCUUAUCUUUUCCUGCAUUUCUUCUAACCCCAGAUUUUGUUUCUCAUAAAAACUCAUACCCAAUUUUCAUUUUUUCCAAUUUUACCCUUCUCUCACCUUCGACUGGUUAUUGUUGUUCAUCGUCUAUGGAUAAAUCUGUAAUCUUUUUGUAUAUCGCUGCCUUGACAACUUCUCUAGGAUUAGUUUCUUCUUCUUCUGUUCUAUGCCCUCACGACUCCGAUUUCUUCCGAUACGGCCUUCAAUCUCAAUGCCCUAUCUCGAUCUCCCCCCACCCACCCCUCAAGGUGGAUGGAAACUUCCUAGACAGAGCUUUGGCAUCGCAACAGAGGACUGAUUAUGCAGCAGUGCUCUUUUAUGCUUCCUGGUGCCCAUUUUCACGCAUAAUGUAUCCUACAUUUGAAAAGCUCAGCUUCAUGUUCCCUCAAGUACAACAUUUGGCCAUUGAGCAAUCUUCAGCCCUGCCAAGUGUGUUCUCAAGAUAUGGAAUACAUAGCUUCCCUUCGAUUUUAAUAGUCAAUCAGACAUCAAGGGUGCGUUAUCAUGGUCCAAAAAGUCUCUCCUUGCUUGCACAGUUUUACCAGAAAACCACAGGACUUAAACCAGUUCAAUAUUUUGAUGGCGAUCAAAUAGUCAGCUUAAACAUUCGUGAAAAAUCUUUAAUCCAGUCAAUGAGUAACAUGUCACUCAGGGAGAUAUCAAGGAGGGAACCCUACUUAGCUUUUGCCAUAUUGUUUCUCUGUUUGAGGGUGAUUCUGUAUACAUUCCCAAAGGUAUUGACUCGCCUCCAAGCUUUCUGGGUCCUAUACGUUCCCCAUUUUAACUUGGGAAUAUUUGGGGAGACGAGUCAAAUUAUGGGGCGUAUCCUCCCCAUGGUUGACGUUAGGAGGAUUUGGACCAAGCUGAGAUUAUGCAAGACGAGGAACUUCCACGAGGGAGCAAAGAACGCCAGGGUUUGGGCUUCUUCCCUAACUUCUGUCUCCUUGGGCGAAUCUUCAUCUGCUCGAUCAUCGUCAUUGUCAUGUCAUCUUAAAUGCAGUACUUAAAAUCUUGCACAAGACAAACUUGCGUAUAAAUCUCCAACUAACGUGUAUCAUCGAUCAUAAUCUGCUGUGAUGCUCUCGGGGCAGGUAGUCCUCUCUCUUUCUUUUCCUCUUAUUUUUACUGGUAGUGAUGAUAGCUGAAGCUGUCCUCCUUUGAGUUUGAGUUUUUUUUGGUGAAAACAAACAAGCAUUGUAAAUUUGAGAAUAGCUUUCUGUUUGUAAAUUAAUCGUCAUCUGACGGAACCUGUAUGGGGUUAUACAAGUUUCAUUGUUCAUGACCAUAA